AGAAGCCUAAUCUUCAUAAAAUGAAGGAUUGCAGAAGUGCCAUGCUAAACUUUGGAAUGGAAUUGCUCAAGUAUUGAAAAUUAGCUCUUCGUGUCAUAGAAAAAAAGAGGCUCACCUGCCAGUGAGGAAAGGUAACUAGUUAUGGCAUGAAGAGAUCUUCUAGAAGAAAUGUUCUGAUUUCAGACGGGAUAACUGAGCUGUGAAGCAGAGGCAUCUAUGACUGCAUUCUCAAGAAAGAGUGUAGGGAAAAACUGGGUUGUGUGUAGGUCUCUGUCGUCACCACAGGAGGGAAGAGGAAGCUGGGUUACGAAUCUGACACGCUUUCAUUUGUUGUUUUGCUGAUCUUCGACAAAGACAACCUGAUGCAAGUACUAAUAAUCCUGCGUGAUGAUCAUAAUUUCACUGAAACUUCUUUUGACAAUGUGUUUUGGCUCCUUAGUAGCUACAGGUCCCAAUAAUUUAACAGUCAUCCAAACACCAACAAAAAUACAUCUAUCAAUUGGAGACUCCGCUGAAAUUGCCUGUAUUUGGGAAAAAUCAAUUGCAAGGUAUAGAAUAAGCUGGUAUCUUGUUACUAAGGAGAAUAUCACUAAAACUAUAUCAUCAAGCCUUUUCUAUUUACCCAACGUCACCCAUGACAACAAGGAUGUGCUAGUGAUAAAAGCUGUCAAUGUAAAUUACACUGGAUUUUACUACUGUGAGAUAAUUAUUGAAAUACCUUUCUGUAAAAAACUCUGCGGAAGUGGAACAACACUGAUCGUUGAAGAGAAAGAAGCUCAGUCAUCGGAGAAGAAAGUUUUGGCAGUUUGGGCCAUCAUUCCUUUCUUAGUGGCAGUGGGAAGCUUGUAUUGCUGCUACAAAAAGAAACGGAACUCAAAAUUUUCUGGUUCUGCCCCACUUCCUGUGCCAGAAGGAGGGCGUCAGGACGAGCAGACCCUUGAGGCAGCAGAACUUUAUGGGAGAAAUGAAUCCACCAGUGAAGAAGCUGAAUGGGCUGUGUCUACACUUUAUGAAUCACUUGAUUCUUUUUACAAUGAAUCAAAAUAAAAGAUGACAAAUCCACCAUCACUACUGUAUCCAGUGCAACAGAUGAGCAAAUCCCACAACGAGGGCAGCUGCAAAGUGUAGAACAAGAGUGAGGCGAGGAUCUGCCAUCUACUUUGACAUUCAGAAUUAAAGGACCAUGUAAUAAAUACAAUAUGGUUCAAGAUUUUAUGAAACUGAAAACAUUAUAAUAAUAUGCUGCUGAAAAAUGGAUUACAUGAGUUUCCUGUGAGAAACAUGCAAGAGAGACAAUAUACAAGAAAAAAAAAAGGUUGGUUUGAAAGAGUUUCUGAAUGUUUUGUCACUAACUUUAUUGUAAGGAGUCUGAAUUUUGAGAGUAUGUAAGUUUAGAAGACCGUCUUCAACUCUUCCCCCAUGUAUCCAGAGUGCAGGAAUAAUAAAGGAUGCAUUAUACUUUGAAAAAUCUUCUGGACUGAACAACUUUCUCCAAAGAAAGCUUUUCUUUAGGCAGCCCAUGUAUACAUAGCAGAAGGUAAUGAAAAACUUCACAUCAUGGUCAUCACUUGACCAAACAGACAAUACUACAAAUAGGAUGAAGUCCAGUCUCUGAGAAGAUCAUCUGUGCUGACCACAUCAUAGCAAAAGUGGUGUGCCAGGAGGCUUUAUGUUGCUGUGGAAGGGUACAGCUUCUAUUCAUUCACAGUGCCGUGAGAAGUCUUCCAGAGAAGGUAGUCUCCUAUGUACAAAGAAAUACUUGGUUUAAAUGAAGUUAUAUAUGAUAUAGUUAUGUAUAAUUAUUGCCUGCUCAAGGGGAUUUGUCUGGAACAGAUGUGAAUGUUAACACUUUUUCCCCUUUUGCCAGCUCUAAAACUUUAUAAAAUCACUGAAGGACUAAAUCAAAACUGAAAAUGUAAGUAAAAGCUGGCUUCCAAGGUCUGAUCAGUGGGUGAGAGCAGAACAACUGGCAGUUGUCCAAGGACUGCCAACUGCAAAGAACAGAUAUCGGAAAUGUGAAU